AUGCAAAUGGGAGAGAAUACGAUGUGCCUUGAUCUACCUCAUACAGGACAGCCCCGACGCUGUGUCUCAGAGUCACCAUCUGUAAAGUCAUUUCGUUUCACGAAGAACAAGGACCUUGUUAAUAAUACCUGCCCUACUCUCAACCUUACUGGGUGUUCUGAGGCACUUGGAGCCCCUGAAAAGGAGGCACUGGAAGAGUUUGCAGAGAUGAAAGAAAGAGAAGAGAAGAAGACCGUCCUGGAAAGGGAAGAGAAGAAAAGAGAUCACCAGGCCCGAAAGAUGCAUUACCUCCUCAGCACAAAACAGAUUCCAGGUAUAUACAAUUCGCCAUUCAGAAAAGAGCCUGACCCGUGGGAAUUGCGGUUACGGAAGGCAAAGCCUUUGACCCACCGAAGAGCGGAAGUUACGCAGAAGUGCUGCAUAAACCUUGGUGAUUGGUUAGCUUGUACGAGCUCCCGUUCUUUCCCUCGGUCUGAAAUUCUGCCACCCAUUAAUAGGAAGCAAUGUCAGGGGCCCUUUCGUGACAUCGCUGAAGUACUGCAGCAACGCUACAAGCCUUUGGAACCAACCCUGCGGGUGGCAGAACCAAUCAGUGAGUCAAAGGACGCCAGGGAGGCGUUCAGAAGAGAGGAAUGGGCGCGCAACAUAAACGAUAAUAUGUUUUUGCCAUUUUCUUCCUACCAUAAGGAUGAAAAGUACACGCCGUCAAUGCAUUCAUCAAGCAAGUACGGCGCUGAUUCUUAUGGACAUCAACGUUUCCGAGACGAAAAUCCUAAGAAAUGGAUCAAUGUCAAGGGUUUCCAGACUGUGUUACCAUCAUUUGAUCUCUUCUCAAAGUAUGGGAAAUUAUAUUCAAAAGCUGGGCAGAUUGUAUAAAGGUAAAUAUUUUUUGCUAUUGAGUACUCUAAAUAGUAUGUUAAAUAGCAUUUUUAAAAAGCAAAUGAGAUUGACUUUUUAUCAGGCAUUUUCAAA